CUUCUCAACUUGUUUUUCAUCAAAUCAUCGUUGUUGUGUGAGCGAUUUUGAAACAAAUAUUUUAAUUUCUAAUUCUUGAUAGAAAUAGAAUUAACAUCUGAGUCUAAAACAUUUUAAACGUUAUUAAAAAUGCCGGUUUAUAAAGUGAAAGUGAAAUGGGGAAAGGAGAUUUUCAAGGAUGUGGAAGUUGACACGGAUUGUGAUAUUAUAGAUUUUAAAGCUCAACUCUUUGCUCUAAGCAAUGUUCCUGUUGAUAGACAAAAGAUAAUGUGCGGUGGAAAGACUCUAAAGGAUGACGAAUGGAAUAUUUCUCUUAAAAAUGGAGCUGUUAUCUUGCUUCUUGGUACAUGUGAAGAGUUAGCACCUGAGCCUGUUCAGAAGACAGUUUUUCUUGAAGACAUGUCUGAGAAUGAAAUAGCACAAGCUAUUGAAUUGCCAGCUGGUCUAACCAAUUUGGGAAAUACUUGCUACUUGAAUAGUGUCGUUCAAUGUCUUCGCUCUGUGCCUGAGCUGAGAGAUUCUUUGAAAGAAUAUAAACAAGAACCAGGCUUCAAUGCAUCACAAUCAAUGACAGUGGCGAUAAAAACUGUAUUUGAUCAAAUGGAAAAGUCAGCUACGGUCACACCAGUCUUUUUGGUUCAGACACUUCAUAACGUUUUCCCACAAUUUGCUCAGACUGGUGAGAAAGGUGUUUAUCGUCAGCAAGACGCAAAUGAAUGUUGGGUGGAACUUAUGAAGAUGUUGAUGAAAUUAGAACCGAGAAAAGGAAAUUGUGCAUCAAAAUAUGCUUCGUUGGUUGAACAAUAUUUCGGCGGAACAUUUGAUUGUGAGAUGAAAUGUCUCGAAGCUGAUGAUGAAGAAGUUAAAAAGUCGAAAGAAAACUUUCUUCAACUUAGUUGCUUCAUAUCAAGUGAAGUUAAAUACAUGCACAGUGGAUUAAGAUUGCGCUUGAAUGAACAAAUCACUAAGAAAUCGCCAACUUUAGAUCGUGACGCUAAUUACAUGAAGCAAUCUCUCAUCAGUCGAUUGCCAGCAUAUCUCACCAUUAGUUUUGUUCGGUUCCAAUAUAAAGGAAAAGAAGGAAUUAACGCGAAAGUCUUAAAAGAUAUCAAAUUUCCAAUAGAGUUUGAUGCUUUUGAUUUAUGUACAAAAGAUUUACAACAAAAGCUUGUACCAAUGCGCAGCAAGUUUAAGGAACAGGAAGAUGCGGCAAUCGAAGCCAAAGAUCAAGUGAAAUUAAAAGGAGACAAGCCUAUUGAAAAGAAGACAAAAGCUCUUCCUUAUUCAUUUGAAGACGACGAAGGCAGCAACAACAGUGGAUUUUAUACUCUUCAAGCAGUUUUAACUCAUCAAGGCAGAUCAUCAUCGUCAGGUCAUUACGUUGGUUGGGUUCGUCACAAAGGUGAUCAAUGGAUGAAAUUUGAUGACGAUGUUGUUACAUCAGUAACAUCAGAAGAAAUUUUACGUCUUUCUGGUGGAGGCGAUUGGCAUGUAGCUUACGUGUUGUUAUAUGGUCCGAGAAUCUUAGAAGAGCCAAUUGAAGAAUCAAGUGAAACUGAAACUCAAAUGGCCAUCGAUUAAACUCAUUCAUUAUUCAUUCUUUUUUUAAUGUAAAAUCCAUUAAAAUGCUUUUUGGAUAAAUAAAAAAGUUUUAAAAAAUUUAA